CGUUGGCAGCUCAGUAAAAACGAAAUAGGUCGCGAAGAAUUUGAUUUUAUCUCCUGUAUUCUCGUUUUUUUUUUUAAAGCAUUUGUCAAAUUCUACCUGUGAAGUUCUUUGAAUAAUUUUUAAAAGACAUGGCUUGGGCUCCAUCCACAGACUUCGAGAAUGAUUUGGUCGAUAUGCAGCCAGAUCGCAAUUUCAUCCAUGGCCAGUUGGCAUACGACGCGGCAAAUCGCACUUACUGUCGCGAGCUUACUCCGCGUCCCAAAUCAACUUACGAAUAUCUGGAGAAGCGAGAGAAAAGCAGCCAAGAGUUCGAAAAACAGUAUGGCUCCAGGACCAAAGAUAUCAGCGAUAGUUUGGCGAUGAUGCAGCGUAUACAGGAGAUUGCAGGCACCAAGAAAUUGGGCGAGCAUGCGACCAUGGCGGAUUGGGAGGAUCGAAGUACCGCCGAACAUGAGGUGAUUGCUAUGAUGCGACACUAUGGAUAUCAGUCCUGUGCCGAUGGUUUGAUGGGUAAACUUAGCGAAGAUGAUGAUCGAUUGCCCAAAGACAAGAUUCUUAUCAUACGCAAGGGACGCGAAAGUUUCCCAUUGAUAACGGAUCCAAAUUACUUUGGACCGGGUCGAAGACGCAACUCUACAAAUACAUCCAGCAGUGGAUCCACCAUCUAUACAGAUCCCAAUUCAUCAAUAGAAACAGAGAGCAAUGCUAUAUAUGGAUCAGCCACAUCGCGUUUGGAUGACACCAACAGCAGUCAGGAUGAUGACAUUGAAAUACCAUAUAAGUUGCUAGAAUCUUCGGAUGAAGAACCGGAGCAGGCAAAGGAGCACGCGAAGGAGCAAGUACCGAAACCGAAUACCAACAAUCGGCCAAAACGUCAUCCUCGUUCAUCACAGAAAGAAAGAAAACGUGCACAAAAAUUAAUGUAAUCGGAAUCAUUUAUAAUGCAUUGACAAAAUCGAUCAUUUAAAAGAAUGGCUUGAAAUAUAUAGUUAAUUAACCAGCUUGCAAAUGAAUAUACAUAUACAUAUACAUAGAAUA